UUUAAAUAUGUGGUUUGAAGUGACGUCAUACACAUUUGGGAACGUCAACAAAAAUGUCUAACUGUGAAAAACAAUGUAUUUAUGGAAAGCAUUAGCGAUAGUUAUCAUUGAAGUUGUAUUGUAUACAGAGGGGUCUACGCGUACGGAUUUAUUUAGGAAUGUACUAGAUGAUUUGGAAUCAAGCAACGGUCAAAUAAUUGGACGAAUUAAGGAUCCCUUCGGACAUUUGGGUGAACCGCCAGGCAGCAUUGAGGAAAAAGAUGAUGUUACUAGACAUCCGGGAAACUGGAUACGGGCUGAUACUGAAAACAGACAAAAGGAAAAGCUAAAUCCAAAUAAAGUUUAUGAAGAUCACCAUCGAAAAAGGUUGGAAUUAAUAAAUUCACUUAAAGAAAAGAUCAAGCUACGUGAGGAGAAAUGGAAAUCUGAACACAGAUACAGGAAAGAUAAGGGCCUUUCGGCAGACAAAAUGAAUACAACCAGUUCUACUCCUGAGAAACCAUCCAACUUGAGACGUUUUCUAUACGAUCAUAGUCUUUGGCUUGGAAUGGCAGUAGGGUCUACUAUUUCUGUAGCAGCAGUGGUAUUAAGUUUAAUCACUUACAAUUAUAUUCAGAAGAACCGAAGACGAAACUAUUGUGUAGACCUGAACAACUUGAGCCUGUGUACUCUAGGGAAUGGGUAUCAAAAGAAAGAACCAGUAUAUGUACGUUUGUCUCAACUCCAUAAUACGAGAUCUAAGAAACCCGGGGAGUAUAUAGUUAGUGUAAUGGACCAGUCAAACAAUUUUUCGGUAUGCUCCCGAGAGUCUAGCUCGGAAGAGGAAAUUUUUGAUAUAUCUGAUAUAGAACGUAUGCAACCUCUAAAGAAAAGUGUAUCUAAAAUCAGUAUGACUUCAACACCUGUAAAGAUGACGCCUGCGCAGCACAUUGAAAAUUUAAGAACUCCAGAAAAAGCCAGAAAUAAUUCUCAUAUUGAUUCACCUGAAGCCUCGCCGAUCAUCACUGAUCAAGAAGAUGAAGACGGGGACUGAUUUGGCAAACAAUUAUUGUUUAUUCUGUUUACUUGCUAUAUAUUAUGUAAACUUGUUAUAAUCGUAAUAAAUUGAUGUUAAAAGUU